UUUGUCCCUCGUUCAUCAUUCAUAUUGCAUGUUUUUAGUAUCCAGCUGCUGGCGAGGUGUAAAUAAUUCUUUUAUCAAAAUAGACCAAUUUUAAUUUCGCAAUUCUUCAAUUUACACUGAAUUUCGUGAUUAGAUGUAUACUUUUGAUUUGUAAUCCUGCCAAUUAUUUAUUAGUGAAUUUGAUUUGACUAUUUAACAUUCGUUAUACAAAAUCUGUAUUACAAAUCAAAGGAUUCGACGUUUUUCUAAGAUUGAAAAUAGAAUUGAUUGAACAUGGCAGGAUUUAAAAACCAUGCAGAUGACGUUGCAAAAGAAUUGACUAGAUGGGAAGACCUCUUCCGUUCCAUUAAAUUUGAUGAUGAAUCGCCAUUGCAAAAGGUGUCGCCCAAGAAGCCUUUGACCCCUUCACAAAAAAAAGAGUUUGACAAUCAUGAGAAGACUAAAGGUAUGAUUGCCACCUAUUUGGCGUAUGCGGCGUCAGGCUAUUUCAUGGACAAACGUUUCGUGGUUGCCCAUUUUAAUUAUUUCUGCCCGGAUGGAUUUACCACAACGAGCAAUUAUAUCCCGUGUGAAUGUGCGCUGCAAGUUUUCUCGCUGACGGAAGGUCUCCUCCCAUUGGAGAAAGUCUUGAAUUUUGAUAUUUGUGGCCUCAUAGAUCCAAGUCCAGAUGCUGUUCCCAUUGGGAUGCGAAGUGAAGCUAUUCAAGCUGCUGAUGGGCUUAAAAUACCACACAUUGGCCAGGCCGUUGCUGAGCGAGACGCUUCUUCAGAGUUAGCUGAUUGUACAAUUUGGACGCCUUCUCUGGCUUACCAAGCGAUACGGAUAAUCAUUGAAAAGUAUGCACCUCGAGUCACUGGAGAAGAGAAAUGGGUGUUUGUCGCCUCUGAUAAUGUGUUUUACGCGGAACGUUGUCUACGCUAUCUGCAGACAAAAGUUUCUGGUGACAACAACUCGGCAACUUAUACAGAUGAUUGUCCCGUCCGAUUUGCGCCUUUAUCAUUGUUGGCACUAGAACUCAAAAAGCUAUGCCUUCAUGUUGGGGGAUCCAAAAUUCCUAACUUUAAAAACGAGGAAAACGCUGCAGAACUAUUGUUGCACGAACAAUACGCCUACAAUCCGAAAGUUGCUUGUCGAUGGCAUUCAAAGGCUGAUCAUAUGGAUGUCAUGCACCUCUGCAGCAAUAACAUCGUCAAGAGAAUGAUCUACAACUUGGUGGGAUAUAUCCGGAUUACGCAAGGCUUGCCAGUGUUUCCUCCCUUGUUUAAACCUGCUGAUUCGGAGGUGGAUGUCGUUGACUGGGAAACUGUUGUAGCCUUGGAGAGAAAUAUUGUGAAAGAUCAAGUGAAGGCGGAUAAAAUUCAACAAAGCAAGUAUCGGUAUCCGCAAGUAUUAAGAAGCCAAAUCAACGCCCCUGCCACCGAGGUCUUUAAUGAAGUUAAUGAAGUAGCUGAGGAAGAUAGAGACACAUCUGAAGAAUACGUAUGGAAUAAUGACCCAUCUGACGAAGAAUGUUGAGGAAUUCACAAAAUUUAAAGAAAGCACAAACAAUUAACAUGUCUAGAUUUGCCCGUUAUUUAGAUUUUUUUUAGUUUACAUACUAAACCGACACAAGUUUCAUGAAAUAUUCAUUAAAUCUUAGCACAUUUUGAUUUUGAUAGAUAAAAUCCAACUUUGUCCCGUUUCUGGAGCGUUUUUAUUGAGUAUGCAAGCAAUGAAAUAUUUGAAUGAUUAAUUUUGACUCAAUAAAUAAGAUAAAUGAGAAA